GUGCAUGCUCAUAUUUCGAAGUCAAAAUCAAAUCGAGCUCGGCUUUUUCAACGUUCUUUAUUUUAUUAUGCUUCUUAGUAGGUGAUUAUGGCUGUUGGAGCUGAACGAGGAGAACACUGUGAUUUGGAUGAAACAAUUGGAACGUUGAAGAGGUGUUUGAAAAUUGUCUCCGAACAGUCUGAUGCUGAAACUAGCAAUUCCACUGAAGCGUGUCCUUCAACGCACGCAAAUAGUCCGUGGCCUCGAGAUCAACACAUGUUUAGCCGCGACGAACCUAGUGGCAAUGAACGCGCAUCAACUAUCAAAGUUGUGGAUUAUAAAGAUGAAACCCAGAUUGGAGAUAUCAUGCGCCUCAUAACCAAAGAUCUCAGUGAGCCGUACUCGAUCUACACCUACAGAUACUUCAUACACAAUUGGCCAGAGCUUUGCCUUUUGGCAUACGAUACUGUGUCGGAAGCGUACGUUGGUGCAGUUGUUUGCAAAUUGGACAGGAAUGCUGAGGGUAGGAGGAAAGGCUAUCUAGCAAUGUUAGCGAUCGACGAGUCGUGUAGAAGACUUGGUCUUGGAACAAGACUUGUUCGUCGAGCUAUUGAACGAAUGGAAGCACAAGGAUGUGAUGAGGUGGUGUUGGAAACAGAGGUCACAAAUGUCAAUGCGCAACGACUUUACAGUAAUUUGGGAUUUAUUCGGGAAAAGCGUCUUGUGAGAUAUUACUUGAAUGGUGGCGAUGCUUUUCGUUUGAAACUAUACUUCUCCUCACCGAUGGCUGUUGCGAGGAAAGCUUCUUACGUGUAGAUUGCUCUCCACCCAAUCACAGAGGCUGCGUCAAAAGCAGAGUUGUAUAUAUUAAUUUGCUCAAUCGUAGCAAACAUUGCUUAUAGAGUGAGAUUUAUAUUAGAGUUCUUCGCAUUCGUUUUCAUCAGAUGUUUUGCAUGAACAAUGAAAUUGGUGAUUUAUGUUUGAUACAUCAACAGUUCAA